AUGGCACCCCGCCAGAUGGAGCCCAUUCACUACUACUAUGGUAAUGAGCUUGGCAUCACAGCCGCCGUGCACCCAGCCAACGCCCUCGCCUGCCCAGUCCGACCAUACCUUAAAGGCGAGCACUACGCAUGCAAAGGUCCUAUCGGUCCCUACCGCAAGGCACGAAUUAUGCAGUUGCUCGAAGAUCUCCACUUCCACAAGUCCUUAAUUAGCGAUACCGCGUUGAACAGCGUUGCUCCUAUCGCGCGCAUCUGUUCAUUAAUCGUAAAAGCCGGGUUCUGUUCCAAGCACAAAGCGGAGACGUGUAAGACGGUGUCGGAAACCCAGUUCGACCAGAUCUAUACUAAAGCUCUGGAGUGUGCUAUCUUCCAGCACCCUGAUACGGGAAAGGGGGACCUCGACUUCGAAGGCGUAACACAGAUACUGCAGGCGAGCAAUGCUCGGACUCCUUCGCGUUGCGAGGCGAAGCAUGCUCGCGAGGAGAAGGGAAACGAUUUGGUCCAGCCGUCGGCACCCAAGAAGCGUUGUCUGGAUGGUGGUGGGUUGCACAAGUCUUGCGUCUUGUCUUCGAACGAAUCUGUCGGGGAGGGCAUAGUUUGGCCGCCGAGCGACGAGCCAUUGUGGGCCAACCUUCCCAGCGACGAUUCAUUGUGGCCCAACCUUCCCUGGCCGUUGGUGACCGAUGCCCUUGGCCAGCCCUCGCUCGACACCAACAAGGCCAGUUCGCUGCAGGGCGAUGCGCUUGAAGGGAACACUAUUCAUCAGGCGAAUGAUUUGAAAACGCCCAACGACAAGUGGUGGCUCACUCCACUUCCGCUGCAAUCGGACGACACAUCCAAGCAGUCACUCCCUCCGAAAGAGGGCGCUCAGCCCGCUGUGAUCAUGACGACCGGCCGGACAUCUUCUUGUGUGCAGACGCUGGCUCGGACGACCGCCCGUGCUGGUGAACCUUCGUUGUCGGUGCGAAACAACCCCAACACUGUCAAUUCGCUGCAGGGAGGAGAUGCGCUCGCAGGAAACAACGCCCAUCAGGCGAGCGGUGCGAUAACCUUUGACAACACCGUCUUCGACAACACCGUCUUCGGCAAUGCCAUCUUCGACAACACCAUCUUCGACAACUUCAUCCGCGACGAUAUGUUGCUCCCUUCACUGCAGUCAGGCGAUACACUGGAGCAGCACCACUCUGUGCCAGACGGUGUCCAGCCUUCUGCGAUGAUGACCGGCCCGGCAACUCCUUCGGCUGGUCCAGGCGGUGCCAGCAGAUCGGAGGUGACGUCGGUGCUGAACAGCAGUGCCGGCUCCACGUCGCCGCCAUCGCCGUCGUCGUCGCAUACCACCACGUCCGACGUGCUGUGGUACACGCAUCCCGAGUGCGCCGAUGCUCUGCUGGAGGAACUUUUUCCUCAGUAG